AAACCACUCUGUCCCACCAUCUGACAUGUUGUAUUCUCUCUUGAUGGUACAUCCUUCGCUUAUAUCAUUAAUGGUGGCAACUCUCUCUUCAUUCACAAUCUCACCAAUGACUUUCUCCUCAUUCAUACCCUCACAAACAACCCUCUUCUCACUCACACACUCACUACUGACUAUAACUGCAGUCACACCCGCACAACCAACUCUCUCUUUACUCACACUCUCAUUACUGAGUCUCUCUCUACUCACAACAUCAACUCUCUCUCUACUCACACCACCAUCUUUCUUUCCACUCAUAGCAUCAUCUGUCUCUUCACUCACUCCACCACCUUUUUUUCCACUCAUAGCAUCAUCUGUCUCUUCACUCACUCCACCACCUUUCUCUCCACCCUUAGUAUCAUCUGUCUCUUCACUCACACUAUCAACUAUCUCUACACUCACACCAACUAACUCUCCACUCACACACUCACUACUGACUAUCACUGCAGUCACAUCAUCAACUAUCUCUGCACUCACAACAUCAGCUCUAUCUCCACUCACACCAUCAUCUCUCUCUCCACUCACAUUCUCACCAUCAACUCUCUCUUCACUCACACCAUCAACUCUCUCUUCACUCACACCAUCAACUCUCUCUUCACUCACACCAUCAACUAUCUCUUCACUCACACCAUCAACUCUCUCUCCACUCACAUUCUUACCAUCAACUCUCUCUUCACUCACACCAUCAACUCUCUCUUCACUCACACCAUCAACUCUCUCUUCACUCACACAAUCAACUCUCUCUUCACUCACACCAUCAACUAUCUCUUCACUCACACCAUCAACUCUCUCUUCACUCACACUCUCACCAUCAGCUCUAUCUCCACUCACACUCUCACCAUCAGCUCUAUCUCCACUCACACUCUCACCAUCAGCUCUAUCUCCACUCACACUCUCACCAUCAGCUCUAUCUCCACUCACAUUCUCACCAUCAACUCUCUCUCCACUCACACCACCAACUCUGUCCCCACUAUCGCUUAACUCUUCACGUGUGUCUGCACCAUCAACUAGAACAAAAAAUGUCACAAUAAUUAAUGUAUAUUUCUGUUUUUAAUGCACAUGUAAUGUCAUGUAUAGUCAGAUUUAAAGGAUAGAUAUCGAUAUGGAGAACUGAAUUCAACAAUUUUUUUCUCUUAAACCAAUCAUUGAAAACAGUAUGUAAAAAAGCAUGGUAUUUUAUGUAAUGUUGACUGAUUGACAACAAUUUAAU